GCGACGUCACUAAAUACUGCGCAUGCGUUGAGCCCCGGAUCUCAUCUCAAAAGUGACACGCUGGAGUUUCUGUUGAAUAGAAAAAAAUGGGGAGCUUUUUCUCCAGUUUGUUUUCAAGCCUGUUUGGGGCAAAAGAGAUGAGAAUUUUGAUUCUUGGUCUGGAUGGAGCUGGUAAAACAACAAUAUUAUAUAGAUUACAAGUUGGUGAAGUUGUCACAACAAUUCCAACUAUUGGUUUUAAUGUAGAAACAGUGACAUAUAAUAAUCUUAAAUUUCAAGUGUGGGAUCUCGGAGGACAGACGAGCAUAAGGCCUUAUUGGAGGUGUUAUUAUUCAAAUACAGAUGCCAUUAUUUAUGUAGUUGAUAGUUGUGACAGAGAUAGGAUCGGUAUUUCAAAAUCAGAACUUGUCGCCAUGUUAGAGGAAGAGGAACUCAAAAAGUCAAUACUUGUAGUUUUUGCCAACAAACAAGAUAUGGAAGGAGCUAUGUCACCAUCAGAAGUUGCCAAUGCAUUAGGACUUCCUGCAAUUAAAACAAGAAAAUGGCAGAUAUUCAAAACAUCAGCAAUAAAAGGAGAAGGUCUUGAUGAUGCAAUGGAAUGGCUUGUAAAUGCAUUGAAGACACGACAAUAACGAAAAGAAAAAAAUACAGUCUUUGUAAAAUAUCUUUUUUUUAGUUUUUUUAAGGUUCAUCUUAUGCUCCAGUAUUUUCCUAAUUCUAUUCAAAUUCUUAGACCAAAACUUCCUGGGAAAUGCUUUAAUUUAGUAUACGAUAAUGUCAACAUACACAUAUUUACUGCAACCAUUGUUUGUGUAGACAAGUCUGAUUUAUAGAUGAAGCUUGUAAAUUAUUGCACGAGUUGACACUACUAAUAAUGACACAUGUAUACAAUAUGUAUAUUUGUUGAGUCUGGAUUCACUAUGUAAUACAACACAAAAACAAUUUAAUUUAAAGUGUACCUGGUAUUUUAUAGGAUCUUUUUACAGAAUUGAGAAAAUAGGUUUCAUUCGUAGUAUACAUGCAGUGUAUGGAUACCUCAGAAGAAUGUGCGAUGUCAUACCCCCUUAUUAAAUUUGGACUUUACUAGUUUGCAUGAGAUGUAUAUUGAUGAUUUUUGGCAUGACUGUACCAACAUUUCUAUUUAAGCAUUUUUCGAAUUCAUAUUUAACCUGACACUUUUACUGGAGUGAUGCAUCUCAGUAUUUUAAUAUUUUUUUUUUUUUGAUUAUGUAAUUCGAUGCCUUUUAGAUUGCCAUGUAAUAUGUGUUUGUGUUGUGAAGAACUAGUAGGUGUGAAUAGUUUUGUUUUGUAAAUUCUUUGUUUCACUGCCUUUGCCAAUAAUAUAAUAUUACCCACACCACAUCGAGAGUAAAUUUAUUUUAUGAAUGCCUGCUUUGUUUAGGAGGACCUACUUUCAUUAGAGUUGCUGACCCUCUGCUUAAAAAAUAACAGUUGAAAUUUUCCAUAAAUAUCUUGAUUGUAUUUUGAUAUACUUCACUGGUUUACAAUAAGCAUAAGGUCUGUUUGAAAAAUGACUGCAAAUGCUGCUGUUUUUUGGCCAAAAACAAAAGUAUUCUCAAUGAGUGGACUGUGAGUGUGCUGUACAUCUCUCAGAUUGCAAGAAAUUUGGUUCCUUGAUAGUGUUUCUGUGUAUAUAUAUAUAUAUAUAUAGACGAUCCAUUCAUGCUACUGAGCAUCUUUUGAUGGUUUGAACUUCUUUCAUGAUCUUUUAUCCCAUAUUUAACUUCAAUUCUAUUGCAUGUUUUAUUAAUUGAGUUAGUGAACAUUGUCAGAAGACUUGUACACAAGACUUGUUAGUGUCUACUCGUAUGUCAUACAAUUUCCAAACAAAAUAAACAUUUCCACUUGUAUUUUGGAGCGCUUAUUUUACAAUGUACAGGAUAUUAUAAUUAUGGUGAACCUAAGUAAUGAUGGGUGAGAAUAAAUUGUUACCAAAUAAAAAUAAUAAUAAUU